AGGGCUGAGGCUAAAAAAGAGAACACCGAAUCCACUAACGGACUGGGCUCAAGUCCCGCGUCGGCAAGAAGGGAAAAUGGUUGGAACGGGGCAAGACCAACCCGCCCUUUUCGGCUUUUCUCAUUCCCUCCCUAGAAUUUUCUCGCGAAAGAAAACGCAAGAAAAAUAAAACGGAAAAUUCACUUUUCCAGAUAAGCCCCCGAAACGGUUUUCGCAUCCCGCCCAGCUCUCUCUCUCUAAAAAAUGUCUUAAACACACGCCCAUACCCUCUCUCUCUCUCUCUCUCAAUAAAUAUCUAGGGUUUUAUUAAAUUCCUCUUCUCUCUAUGCCUGCGGAAUCUUAACUUCUCAAAUUCUCAAUUCCGUACACUAGAAUUGUGAGCCGGCCAAUGGAGGAAGGGACUAGUGGUGGUGGUGGAGGGGAAUCGUCGUCGAGGGUAACGCCGUCGUAUGUGAAGUUAGGAGACAGGCAAAUAUUCACUGUGGAGCUUCGACCCGGAGAGACAACAUUUGUGUCAUGGAAGAAGCUCAUGAAAGACGCAAACAAGGUUAAUAGUGGAUCCGCACCAGCUUUGGACCCACCUCCCGCCAACGCUCACCUCAACCUUGAGUCUCGCCUCGUUCCUGGACAACCAGCUGAAAAUGAAGAGAAGGAUGCACCUCCUCCAAAUCGUUUCAGUGCUGUGAUUGAGAAGAUUGAACGUCUUUACAUGGGGAAGGAUAGCAGUGAUGAGGAAGAUCUAAAGGACGUUCCUGAUGAUGAUCAGUAUGAUACAGAUGAUUCCUUUAUCGAUGAUGCUGAGCUGGAUGAAUAUUUUGAAGUGGAUAAUUCAGCAAUAAAACACAAUGGAUUCUUUGUUAACAGGGGAAAGCUGGAACGAAUAAAUGAACCUAUCGUUGUGCCUAACCAGCAAGCAAAGAAAAGACGAAGAAAGGAUUUAACCAAGGCCCCUGGUGAGAGUGAUGAUGUUCAUACAUCAAAUAAACAAGUUAAGCUGGGUAAAUCAGUGGCUGGAAAGAUAGCAUCACCACUUGGAAAGAACCCUUCAAAUCCCUCUCAAAAUUUGGUUGUGACAAAUGAACACUGUGAGGAUGUGAGGUCUCAGAGUUUAUCAUAUACAGCUGGAAUUUCUUCUAAGAAGAAAUCUGCUGAAACUAAAAUGAAUUUGGAUCCAUCUUCAUCAAUAAAAACUUCAAAUGGUGAUGCCUCUGUAUCUCUAGCUGAGGCUAAGGAUAUAGAAAAGCUAAAAGCUGGAGGACUCCUAGCGAAGAACCUGACAAAUAAAUCGAAAGAUGCAGGUGGAACUUUGGAUGUUUCUCAUCAGAAAUAUCAUGAUAAAAGUGCUUACCCACAAUCCAAGUUGCAAUCUGCAAAAUCAGUAACCAGUGUUGAUGAACAUGAACCAUCAUUUCGAUCUAAAGAAAAGAAUGGAGUCCAUGAGCUGCCUGAUCUUAAUAUGCCAGAAGCCAAGAUGUCCAUGCAAGUAACAAAACCUUCACAUGUUCACAAAAAGGAUGGUUCUAGUGCUAGGCCCAAAAGUUCAAUGCUGGAGAAUGCCAUCAGGGAAUUGGAGAAGAUGGUUGCUGAAUCAAGGCCCCCAGCUCUAGAAAGUCAAGAGGCUGAUACCUCAUCCCAGGCAAUCAAGAGGAGAUUGCCCAGCGAAAUAAAGCAGAAGCUUGCUAAAGUUGCUAGACUAGCGCAGGCAAGCCAAGGGAAAGUAUCAAAGGAGUUACUCAAUCGCCUUAUGAGCAUUCUUGGUCACUUAAUACAGCUCAGAACACUCAAGAGGAACUUGAAAGUAAUGAUUAACAUGGGCUUGUCUGCAAAGCAAGAGAAAGAUGAUAGGUUCCAACAAAUAAAGAGAGAAGUUGCUGAGAUGAUAAAGAUAUGUGUCCCUUCAGAGUCCAAGGCAUUGGAGCAACAAGCUGGAGCAUCUGAUGACUUUCAAGAAAUUGCUUCUGAGGAAAAAGGAGCCACUAAAAGAAAAUUUAGCAUGGAUGCUAUGUUGGAGGACAAAAUUUGUGAUCUUUAUGACCUUUUUGUUGAUGGACUGGAUGAAGAUGCUGGCCCACAAGUUAGAAAGUUGUAUGUUGAGCUUGCACAAUUGUGGCCGAGGGGUUUCAUGGACAACCAUGGGAUCAAGCGUGCAAUUUGUAGGGCAAAAGAGAGACGAAGGUCCUUGUACGGCAGACAUAAGGUACAUGAGGAUGAGGAGAAAAUUAAGAGAAAAAAGAUAAUGGCUCCUAGAUUGGAUGAGACUGCUCGAGUUGAGGCUGGUUCUGUUGCUCAGCAACAAUACAUGCGAGAGAGGUUGCCUACUGAUACAGGUGGUCCUGUUUUGGCUCUAGCCAGCAAGCCAGUUCCUAAUUCAUCAACGGCAGCUGUUCAGGUACCAAGCCAUUCAUUGAAUGCACCAAACUUGGACAGGCUAAAACAAGAGAAGCCAAAAGGGAGUUCAAGCAAUCCUAUUGACGAGGCAAAGAUGGGAGUAGAUGGUGCAUUGGCGAAGAAAAAGGUCAAGAGGAAGUCAGAACAAGAGUUGGAUGAAACUUAUUUCCGUUCUGAGAAGUUGCAUUCCCAAUCUAGUGAAGAAAGACAUAAGUCCCUUAGGCAGGCUUCAGGUUUUCCUCAAAAGUUAAACCUUCAGUUGACUACUACAAGUUUUGAACAGUCUAGCUGACGAAAUAUAGCUGAUUAGGAAGUACACCACAGAAUUAAGUAAUCGUGUAACAAAGUCUCUUUCUUUUCUCCUCAGCAGGCUUUAUUAAUACUGACCAGCCGAUUGCUACCAUUUUUGUAAUUAAGUGUUGCAUGGUGCGUUGUUAUUAAUAGUUUUCUCUUGAAAUAGGAGAUAGCGGAAUGCUGUAUUUUUCAUAUGCGAUUAAUGCAUUGCUUUGACGCGUAAUUUUGAAA